AUGACGACCAUGUCCCGCUCAACGACGCGACUGUUCAAGCGCAGCGACGAUAGCCUGCCGAUAGCCCAGCCAUCGGCCCUGUUUGGUCGCAGGCGCCGCUCUCAGACAGAGGGCGGCGGCCGAGCAGAGGUCAAGCCAUGGGCCCGCUUCACAGCCAAAGUCACCGCGACGCUUACCUCCCUUGGUCCUGCGCCGCUGCAGGAACAACCACACAACAUACAGGACACAGCAGCCUCUCAGAUGAUGACGCCUCGACGGCAACCAGUCGGGACAGGGCAAGAUGAGGCCGAGUCCAGUAUCCACCCCUUCGCACUCCCCUACAACCAUCCUUUCCUCCAAGAGAUGGGGUCUCCCGAACCCGAGCUCUCUCGUCGUGCCUCUCUCAGGCCGCCUCCUCGUACAUCUCCAAGCAAUCUGAGCAUCCAUAGCUCUGCUAGCGACCUCACCAGCGUCUCCAUCCCUCACACCCCAACAUCCAAGCACGCACCAAGUUUCAAGCAUUCGACAUCCCCAGCCCGCAAGUUUCCUACCCCUCUCCCUACACCCCCUCCAAGUGCCAAGCACACGACGUUUGCCAUCGAACGUCGGCCGACGAAGCACAUGCCGCCGCACCGCGAUGAGCGUAUCCGCCGAUCAUGGAGUGGACACCCAUUCGCCGUCCGACCACCAGGAAGCGGGCCUGACUCGAAUGACAGCGAGCACGAAGCUUAUGACCCCGACCUUGGCUUCCUCCUCGGAGGCACCGAGGAGCCUCAAGGGAUGGUGGCCGAGAUCUUCAAACGUCUGCCACCACCCGAGCGGCUAUUUAACCCUCCUGAGGACCACCCUUUCACCGGUGGUCCAACGACUCGUCCUCGGCGCGGUACUUUCGGCUCGGACAACGCUUCAAAGUUGGAUGAGAAGAGGAGCAAGACCAAGUCGACUGCGCGGCACAGCUAUUGGCGCAAUGAUGCAGACCGGUACGAGUAUGAGGAGUAG